AAAUGGACAAGUAAACUAGACUCCGGUUCCUGAAUAGUUUGUGCUGAACAAGCGUCCAAAGACAGUGGAGGAGCUUGGAAUUCGGAUUACGGUCCGACUGACUGUCUAUUUGAUCAAGGAGCUUCGUUGAGCUCCUGAUUCAACGUUCGUUUAUACGUUCCUUCACCAACAACAGCAACCAUGGCAUCGUAUCUGGAAAAUGCAUACAGCUUGGUCCAUCAGGACAACUCUGCGGACCAGCCCAGUCUGCAAGAAUUGAAAAUGCAAUUAGAAAAGGGUACCGACGAGACAAAGCAGGAGACGAUGCGGAGAAUCAUAACAAUCAUGCUCAAUGGCGACCCAAUGGCUGGACUCCUCAUGCAUAUAAUCCGUUUUGUCAUGCCGUCGAAGAACAAACCCUUGAAGAAACUUCUUUACUUCUAUUACGAGAUAUGCCCAAAACAUGACGCCAAUGGCAAGCUGAAGCAAGAGAUGAUUUUAGUCUGCAACGGUAUCCGAAAUGAUCUGCAACACCCCAACGAGUAUAUUCGAGGCAAUACACUCCGUUUCCUCUGCAAGCUCCGUGAGCCCGAGCUCAUUGAACCUCUACUCUCCUCCGCUCGCUCUUGCCUGGAACACCGUCAUGCCUAUGUCCGAAAGAAUGCAGUGUGGGCCAUAUCCUCUAUCUACCAACACUCCGAAUCGUUGAUACCCGACGCCCCUGAACUCAUUCAGACAUUCCUUGAUUCGGAAAGUGAUCAUACUUGCAAGCGAAAUGCGUUCGCCGCUUUGAUGUCUAUCAGUCACCAAAAGGCUUUGGAAUAUUUGAGUCAAACAUUCGAUAGUAUUCCAAAUGCUGACGAACUGCUUCAAUUGGCUGAGCUCGAGUUUAUCAGGAAAGACGCUGUCCAGAAUGCUCAAAAUAAGGCUCGGUAUCUACGGUUGAUCUUUGAUCUUCUUGAUGCAUCAGCAAGCACUGUCAUAUAUGAAGCCGCCACUUCUCUUACCGCCCUUACUAGCAACCCUGUCGCUGUCAAGGCUGCAGCAUCGAAAUUGAUUGAGCUUAGCAUUAAAGAGGCUGACAACAACGUCAAGCUUAUUGUUCUUGACAGAGUGGAUCAAUUGAGAAUUCGGAAUGAGGGAGUGCUCGAGGAUUUGACGAUGGAGAUUCUUCGCGUUUUGUCCAGCCCCGAUAUCGAUGUUCGUCGCAAAGCUCUUAGCAUCGCGAUGGAGAUGGUGUCGAGUAAGAAUGUGGAAGAAAUCGUGAUGCUCUUGAAGAAGGAGCUUGCCAAGACAGUUGAUGAACAAUAUGAAAAGUCGAGCGAAUACCGACAACUUUUGAUUCAAUCCAUUCAUCUCUGCGCGAUCAAGUUUUCGGAGAUUGCUGCCAGCGUCGUCGACUUGUUGAUGGACUUUAUUGGCGACUUCAAUAACAACUCAGCUGUCGAUGUCAUCUCUUUCGUUAAAGAAGUAGUGGAGAAAUUCCCUAAGCUUCGUCCGUCUAUCAUUGAGCGCCUGGUUGCCACCCUCAGCGAAGUCCGAGCCGGCAAGGUCUAUCGAGGUGUUCUCUGGGUUGUUGGAGAAUAUUCACUGGAAACAAGUGAUAUUCGUGAAGCUUGGAAACGCAUCAGAGCUAGUCUAGGAGAGAUUCCUAUCUUAGCCUCGGAACAGCGAUUGUUGGAUGAGGUGCCUGAUGACAAUGCUACUGUACUUGAUCAGGUCAAUGGUCAUUCUAAGGCGGCUGCCCCCAGUGGAUCACGGAAAGUACUUGCAGAUGGCACAUACGCUACUGAGAGUGCUUUAACAAGUCAAUCCGCUGCAGCUGCUAAACUAGAGGCAGUCAAGGCCGCUCAAAAACCUCCUCUACGACAACUUAUCCUUGAUGGUGACUACUAUCUCGCUACGGUCCUGUCAUCUACUCUCACAAAACUUGUCAUGCGACACUCCGAGGUCUCUCAAGAUGCUGCUCGAACCAACGCUCUUCGUGCUGAAGCCAUGCUCAUCAUGAUCUCGAUCGUUCGAGUUGGCCAGUCUCAGUUCGUCAAAGCUCCAAUCGAUGAGGACUCCGUAGAUCGAAUCAUGACUUGUGUGCGUGCCUUGUCUGAAUUUUCUGAACGAAAAGAGCUUGAGACCACAUUCUUGGAAGACACUAGGAAAGCAUUCAAGACUAUCGUGCAAACAGAGGAGAAGAAGCGGGCAGCGAAAGCAGCCUCUGAGAAGGCCAAGACCGCAGUUCAGAUUGAUGACGCUAUUCCUAUCAGACAACUUACCAAGAAGAACGCAGGGGAAGGUACUGAUGAAAUUGAGCUGGAUCUCAUUAAGGCUACAGGUGGAGAUGCUACCGUGGAGGACCUCUCAUCUAAGCUCAGCCGUAUAGUACAAUUGACAGGGUUCUCAGAUCCUGUAUAUGCUGAAGCAUACGUUCAGGUCCAUCAAUUCGAUAUCAUACUGGACGUGCUCUUGGUUAACCAGACAACGGAGACGCUACAGAACCUCUCGGUGGAGUUUGCAACACUGGGCGAUCUGAAAGUCGUUGAGCGCCCAACAACACAGAAUUUGGGACCUCGGGAUUUCCUCAACGUUCAAGCUACAGUCAAAGUAUCCUCAACUGAUGCAGGUGUCAUCUUUGGAAAUGUUGUUUACGACGGCUCUAGCUCUACAGAGACUCACGUUGUCAUUCUCAACGAUAUCCAUGCUGACAUCAUGGACUAUAUUCAACCGGCUCAUUGCACUGAAACGCAGUUCCGCACCAUGUGGACCGAGUUUGAGUGGGAGAACAAGGUCAACAUAAACUCAAAGGCCAAGGAUCUCCGCGAGUUCCUGAAGCAGCUGAUGGAAAGUACUAACAUGACCUGCUUGACGCCCGAAGCAUCUCUUCAAGGUGACUGCCAGUUCCUGAGUGCCAACUUAUAUGCCCGCAGCGUAUUCGGCGAGGAUGCGUUAGCGAACUUGAGCAUCGAGAAAGAAGGAGAAGACGGCCCGAUCACAGGCUUCGUCCGGAUAAGAAGUCGCUCGCAAGGCCUCGCUUUAGCUUUGGGUAACCUCAAGGGUCUCAAAGCAUCUGCUGCAUAGAAUGUUGAUAAUAAUGGAAGAUUUGCUCGAGUUUCUUGUCCGCUAGCGGUUGUUGUUUUUGUCAUUAUGUCUAAAAUUUUUUACUAACGCACGGUGGAUUCUUUUCUUGAGAGGCAUGUAGUAUUCAUAAUAGCUUAUAAAAGGAUCGAUGGUCUUGAAUAGGCCAGAAUGAACAGAUUACGUUUUGAGAGGAUUCAAUUGGGAAGA